AUGCACCCCGGGCGCGGGUCCUCCCGCGAGGUGGCCCGCCGCAUCGACGCCCUGGGCUCCGGCCUGCGGGAUCUGGCAUCCGGCCUGGCCGACGAGGCCGCCAGGCUGCAGCGCGACCUUUCCAGCGGCGUGAAGAUCAGCCUGCCGCAGUUCAGGGACCACCUGCGGGACCUCGAGGGCGACAUGGCGGCGCUGGAGGAGGGCGUGGAGCGCCUGGAGGGCCGCACGCUGGGCGCGUGCUCCCUGCAGGAGUUGGUGGGCCACGGAGAGCAGGCGUACUGGCGGGCGCUGGAGGGCGUGGCCAACCUUGAGGCCCACCUGAGGAACUACGGUUACGCCGGCGGCUGCCCCGAUCCCGCGCCGCCGGACCCGUUUGCCGUGGCGCGAUCCGGCGCUGAGAAUCUGCCGCCCGGGAAGGGCAGCAGGGUUGAUAGGGAGGGCGGGGGUAGCGCGAAGAAGCGGGCGAGGGAUGCGGUCGGUGGGGUGGGAGCAGAUGCGGGGAUGCGGCACGCGGACGGAGGGGCGAUCAGGCGGAGGACGGAAGGGGGGGAGGAUGCAGGGACUGCGGGGGACGCGCCCUCGCCCCGGACGCCGGCGCCGGCACCGCGACUGGGCGGGCCGGUCGGCGGGCGCGCCGGCGCGGGGCCGAGCGGAGGAGUGGGGCGGGGUGGGAGCUUGGGCAGCGUGGAGUCAUCGUCGAUCGAGGGCCUGAUCCUCAGCCCCUCGCUGCUGGCCCUGACUAGGAAGUACGCGACCCAGUCGCCCGAGCAGGCUCCGUGCCGGGACACCGUCCUCGAAGGCAGGGACGCUCGGAUUGGGGAGGCCGGGGAGGGUACCUGCCGGGCUGGCCGAAGGAAGGAUCCAAUCGGGGGGCCGGGAGGGGACCAAGCUGAGGCGGGUGCCGGGCGCACGCCGACGGCGUCCCACAGGGACCAGGGCCCAGAUGGAUUGGCCUUCUUCAGGUUUCCAGACCAUGUUGGCGGUUCAGACGGGUCUCGGGCAGCCAGCGGGGCCUUCGGAUCCCCGCAGUAUGCCGACAAGGCCGCGGAGGUUUCCGCGGCGGUGAAGACGCCUUUGGCUGCGAGGACGCCGAAGUGCGCGGCCGGUUCCGAGUUGAGCGGGACCCGGCGGAAGCAGCCAGCGUCGGCCCUGCGGAGCUGCCUGCGGGGCAGCGCCAUGGGGAGGCGGUCGGCCCAAGACGACCCGCCGGCGGCGCGCAAGGCGGUGACCUUCACACCCGGCCUGGUUGCCGACAGCCCCAUCCGAGGCGACUACGGCAGUCCUCCCACUCCCACGGGGCCGGUGCCCAUGCCUGUCCCGUGCUCGGGCGGGCAACCUGGAUGGGCCAGCCCGUUCGCAGCGACAGGGCAGCCCGGUGACGUUCGCGAAGGCAAGCCCAGCACCCAUGCGGCCUCCAUUCCAGUGCAGGCGGCUGUGCUGCCAGCCAUUGCAUCGCCCAAGCUCCAGGAGAACGGAACCACACCGCAGGCACUGACGCCUGCCGCUUUGCAGGCUGAUCUGGCUGGGACGUCCAACAGUGCGCUCCUGCUGCCCUGCACAACGGCUGCCCCACCCUUCAUGGGUGGCAAAGAUAUGUCCACGCUGGAUGGCAAGGAUGUGUCCCAUUGCGUGGCAUCAACACCUGUUGCCCAGCCGGCCGGCACGCACCCAAGCCCCACAAGCUGUGCUGCAGGCAGUGGCGUCCGUCCGCCAGUCAUGGAGAGGUUGGCAGCCGAACGGCCGUGCCCACUUUCCCUUUCUAGCUGCCACGCGCCGGCAAUGCUGGCCGAUGGCGACCUGUUGGCGCUGCCGGCAUUUUACAGGGGGACGUUUUCGUUGGGGGAGCUGAACUCGGUGAUUCAGAAAAUCUGGGAGUCGAGCAGGGCACGGGGUCAGGUGGCGUUCACCCCUGACGAUUUCAUUGGUCUCAAGUCUGGGUAUGAAGUCAAGAUGAUGCUGAACUGCCUCAGGACGCUGGAGUAUGUGGAGAUGGAUUUUGACAACUGCGGUGUGGUGUACAAACCGGGGGCAAAACUGCAAGGGCGAUGGAGCUCUGAACGGAAGUUUGACAGGUAG